UCGGCCUUGUGACGUGUGUCCUGAUUUUACACCUUGUAGCAGGAAGGUUGUACGUAACACGGUUCAACAUUAUGGGGAGUGUACCUUUCAUCGUUGCCUUAGUCAUAGGCAUCCAUGUGAAAUGUUGUUCAUCACAUGAUAUUUCACAUUUAUCAGUAGAUGAUGUCACCUCAAUGUUUGGAGAUAAUGAAUGCAUUGAAGGUUCACUCGUUGAUUUUCAACCACCUUCAACCAUGCCUCCAACAGCUUUUCCAUAUGAAGAUCUUCAAGCAAUGCUGAAGAAGUUAGGAGGAAGAGUUGCUCAGGAAUGGGCACCAUCAAUAUCAGGCAUAUAUAGUGCAUUCUUAUCAGAAAACAUGACGAAAGCAGGGGUGUAUACUGAAACAAAAACAAAGACAAAAUCAGCAACAGAAUCAACCAGAAGUGAAUACAGUGCUUCAGACUUCAGUGGAAAAACACCUAUGUCAGUUGUCAAUGAGCUAUCACUUUUAAUGAAGGUUCGACCUGAGUACUCUUUGAUAGAUAUGCAGGGACCACCUCAUGAGAGAACUUUCAGUGUUAGUUUAAAAUUUGGAGGUGAAGAGUAUUCAGCUUCUGGUUCAAGCAUUAAAAAAGCACAACAGUUGGUGGCAAAUAAGUUUCUUCAGCACACACUUUAUCAGCAACCUCUACAGCAAUUGGCUCGUAAACAACAAAUGCGUAAAAGUAAUAUUGGAACAAAAACAGCAACAUCCAUAGUCUAUGAAAUCGCAGCCAAGCAGAAGUUAUCUCUCUCUUUUGAAGUGGAAAGUCAAACAGGUCCAGCACAUAUGCCUACAUUUGUGACAAGAUGUGUAUUGGGGGACAAAAUCUCAAGAGGACAAGCCAACAGUAAAAAGUUGUCAAAGAGAGCAGCAGCUGAGAAAAUGCUGGAAUUAGUGCAGCAUAAUGAGUCAUAUUCCUUUCUGUCAAACUCAGUGAAGAGGAAGUCUAAGAAGAAGCGACGUUCAUCUCAAAAGAAGAAAAGAACUCGCAGUAUUCUCAAUACUUUUGAACAGAUGAAUCCCAGUUUUCGGACAGAUGAAACAAUUGCAGCAGUAAUGAAUUCAGAGUUUUGGGAUGUUUCCAGUGACAACAACAAAGGUUUGAAUCAAAGAUUGGUAGCAUUUGCAAAGCAGCUGGUGAAGAGUGGAAGUUCCUUUCUUGGUGAGUCUACUGUGAGGUCAACACUUACAGACACAACGUCUUCCACCUUCAGCUCCAAAUCACAAACGGCACAGGACCAAAAAGUUACUGCAAAACACACAUUGAUGCAAGCAGCUGAUUUAUUGGAUUUUAAAGUUCAUUUCGUAGAUUUGCCUAAGCCUAAUGAUGAAUUCUUAAGUUUGGUAUCAUUGGCAACAAACCAGCCUUCACUUUGUCUCGGUGUUGGAUCAACAGUUGAUGCCUCACAGGAACAGGCUGCCCUGAGAGCUUUGAAGGCCUUGUGGAAACUGGAUGUGGAACAAAUCUCGUCUAACUCUGCUCCCAAUAAAACGAUGGGCUGGGGAGACUGGUUUCAGUGGUCAGAAGAAAUGGUGCAAAGUGCUCGGAAUACCUUCCACAUUAAAUAAGAUAGUACAUUCAGUGUCCUUGGUAGGUUGUAAUAUAGUUACACCUAAAAACUGUUGGUGAAUAGUUAUAAUUCUUGUUUUUAAAUUUACUUGGAGACAACAUUUGUUUCACUUAAGAAAAUAGUUUUGUAUGAUAUUCCUGGACCUACAUAUGUCAGAGCUGAAGAAGAAAAAAUUUACUGCAAGUUAGAAUGAUCAGAAGUACAAAUCAUUGAAAAACUUGAAUUAAUUCGUAGCGUGCUGGAGAAAAUAUUUUUUUAUUUAGAGUUUUAACAUACAAAUACGGUAAAAUUGUCAUUUUGGAAUUUCAUAUUUCCUGUGUAAGUCAACUAAAUGUUGACGUUCUACAUUUGUUGGCAAGUGCAAUUUUCAUUCUUGUUUUACAAGCAUAGUAGGCAUUUUUCAUAACAGUGUUUAUAAAUGUUUAAUUUUAUAUGGAACCAUGUUUUGUACUUUAAUGAGAAGUCAUGUGCAAUUAAAUCACAUAAUUUUAUUAAAA